AAAGCCCCGGGGAGUCUCUUCCCCAUCCCAGCGCUCUGGGUUGGGCUCCGUACUGAGGGAUUCGUGAAGUAAGUCCAUGGCAGCCUCGAUCGUGGUGUAACCAACACUGGUAGCCGUAGCCAUAGAGAGGCCACUGGGACACCCGGAAGCCGGGAAAUGGACUCAGUGGCCUUUGAAGAUGUGGCUGUGAACUUCACUUGGGAAGAGUGGGCUUUGCUAGGUCCCUCACAGAAGAAUCUCUACAUAGAUGUGAUGCAGGAAACCAUCAGGAACCUGGACUCUAUAGGAAUAAAAUGGAAAGACCAGAAUAUUGAAGAUCAGUACAAAAAUCCCAGGAGAAGUCAAAGAAAUCAUAUGGUAGAGAGACUGUCUGAAGGUAAAGAAGGGAGUAAAGAUAGAGACAUCUUCAGCCAGAUUCCAGAUGGUGUUGUGAACAAGAAAACUAUCCCUGGAGUAAAAGCAGGUGAAAGCCAUGUGUGUGGAGGAGGCAGCAGUGAUCAUUCAUCUGUUAAUUGCUACGUCAGAGCUGAUACUGGACACAAACCAUAUGAAUUUCAAGAACAUGGAGAGAAACCAUGUAUUGAUAAACAAUGUGGGAAAGCCUUCAGUUAUGGCCCUUCCUUUCAAACACAUGAAAGGCCUCACACUGGAGAGAAACCCUUUGAUUGUGAGGAAUGUGGAAAAACCUUCAGUGUCCAUAGAAACCUUCAAAGACACAUGGACACAGUGACCUUUGAGGAUGUGGCUGUGAACUUCACUCUGGAGGAGUGGGCUUUGCUGGGUCAGUCACAGAAGAAUCUCUACAGAUGUGUGAUGCAUGAAACCAUCAGGCACCUGGACUGUAUAGGAAUAAAAUGGGAAGGCCAGAAUAUUGAAGAUUGGUACAAAAAUCCCAUGAGAAAUCUAAGAAGUCAUGUGGUAGAGAGAUUUUGUGAAAGCAAAGUAAGUGGUCAAGGUGGAGAAACCUUCAGCCAGAGUUCAGAUGGUAUUGUGAACGAGAAAAUUCUUGGAAUGAAACUAUAUGAAAGCAGUGUGUGUGGGGAAGUCUUCAUUGGUCAUUCCUCCUUUCAUAAGCACAUUAGAGCUGAUGGCAGACACAAACCAUGUACCUAUCAGGGAUAUGGAGAGAAACCCCAUACACAUAAGCAGUAUGGGAAAGCCUUCAGUUAUCACCACUCUUUUCAAACACAUGAAAAGCCUCCCACUGGAGAGAAACCCUAUCACUGCAAGGAAUGUAGCAAAUCCUUCAUUUCUCUUGGAAACCUUCGAAAACACAUGGUAGCACACAAUGGAGAUAUAUCUUCUAAAUGUAAGGUGUGUGGGAAAGCUUUUAAUUCAGCCAAUUUAUUUUGUAUACAUGGAAAAACUCAUACUGGAGAGAAGCCCUAUGAAUGUAGCCAGUGGUCUAAAGCCUUCCCUGAUUACAGUUCCUAUCUAAGACAUGAAAGAACUCACACUGAAGAGAGACCCUAUAGAUGUAAACAAUGUGGGAAAGCCUUUGCUUGUUCCUCUUAUAUUGGAAUACAUGAACGGACUCACACUGGAGAAAAACAGUAUGAAUGUGAGCAAUGUGGGAAAGCAUUUUAUUGUCUCAGAAACUUUCAAAGACACAUGAUAACUCAUACUGGAGAUGGACCUCAUAAAUGUAAGAUAUGUGCAAAAGUCUUUGAUUCUCCCAGUUCAUUUAGAAGACAUGAAAGAACUCACACUGGAGAGAAACCCUAUGAAUGUAAGCAAUGUGGGAAAGCAUUAUCAGAUCGCACAAGCUUUCAAAGACACAUGAUAACACACACUGGAGAUGGACCUCAUAAAUGUAAGAUAUGUGGAAAGGUCUUUGGUUCUCCCAGUUCAUUUCAAAGACAUGAAAGAACUCACACUGGAGAGAAACCCUAUAAAUGUAAAUGUGGGAAAGCCUAUCGUUAUAUCUAUUCCUUUCAAAAUCAUGAAAGAACUCACAUGGGAGAACUGUAUAAAUGUAAAGAAUGUGGAAAAGCAUUCUGUUGGUCCACUUCCCUUCUAAGACAUGAAAGGAGUCACACUGGAGAGAAACUCUUUGUGGAGAGAAUCAUAUAGUAAAGCCAGUAAAGCCUUAGUCACUCCAGUUGCCUUUGAGUUCAAGAAAUAAUUCACAUUGAAAAGAAACCAUAUCAAAGGAAUGUGGGAAAGCAUUCAUUUCUCCCAGUUCCUUUCAUUAUCAUAGGACUCACUGGGGAGAUACCUUAUAAAUGUUCGAAAUAUGGGAAGGCAUUUGUUAGUGUUAUUUCACUGAAAGAACUCACACUGAGGGAAACCCUAUGAAUAUGAACAUGUGAUAUUCUGUGGUAAGUGGGUUUAUGCAGUCCUUCCCCCAAAGUCUUAGAAUGCUCAGGGGCUGAAGAAAGAGGCCACCAGAUCCAGUUUCUCAGAAAGAAACAUCUAACAGGACUUACAAGCCUUGUCUUGGUGCUGAGGUGAGAUGGUGGAUCCCCAUGUCAUUACUCCCCAGAUCCGGGGCUUAUAUUGCCUUGGGGAAGGAAUGUGUAGAACCAUUGUAAUCUAUCCCUCUGGGAAAGGCAGGAAUUCACAAAGCGUGCUUCUGCCUAUGGGCAGGAUUUAUGGUUAAGAUACUUCUGAUCUAAGAGCAGGCUUUAUGUUAACAGUAGAUAAAGUGAAAUCUUAGUUGCCUUCCCAAAAUAGGGGUUAAUCAUAAGUCAACAUAGAUUAACAUCAAAAUAGUUUUCCUUUUUUAUCACAGCUCACAGCAACCUCAAACUUUUUUUUUUUUUUUAAUUGUUGGGGGUACAUUGAGGGUACAAAGAACCAGGUUACAAUGAUUGCAUUUGUUGGGUAAAGUCCCUCUUCAAAAUAGUUUCUUUAGCCUCCACACUUUUACUGUCCUCCCCCUCUGUAAUCCAGCUCCUAUGAUGUCAUUCAUCCUCUUCUUCCAAGAUGGUCUCUGAGACUUGAGGGAGAUGAUGUUUGACAGUGUAUAACUUUAGCAGGAGUGCAUUGGCAUUGAGAGACAGAGUGGGCCCAGUGAGAUUCCAAAUGCAGGAGAUUUGUAGGUUUUGUUGAAUCAUCUCUCAUCUUCAGAAUACCAUGAUUUUGGUUUUCUCAGAAGUAAAACAACAAGAGAUUAUAAUCAAAAGACAAUUUAUAUGCCAGAACAACAAAUACAAAAAUGAACCUAUUCCGUUGGGGAACCCACUAAAAACAUUAUGAAGAAAAUACUUUCCAGCCAGGUGUGGUGGCUCUCUCCUGUAAUUAGCACUCUGGGAGGUCAUGGCAGGAGGAUCAUUUGACUCAGGGGUUGGAGACCAGCCUAAGUACGAGUAAGACCAGACGUGUCUCUACUAAAAAUUGAAAAAUUAGCAGGUGUUGUGGUGGGCAGUGUCGUGUGAAGUUUCUUGUACAUGGUCAGUGUUACAAAGUAUAGGGCUUGCUUUUGAAAUUGUAUGAAAUAAAGUGGUCUACAACCUC